AUGCGGCCGCUGCGACACCGCCACGACGGCAGAGGUUUGGGGGACCCCGGGCAGGAUUGGGGGGCGCUGGGAGGGGGGGAGAGGCACGGGGAGCUCAGCCCGAAGGGGUUUGGGGGAGCCUCACGUCGAGGAGAAGCGGGGAGAGGGGGGAACGCAGCGCCCCGGGGUCGGGUCCUGCCGGGAGCGGCCGCGGGGGGAAGGGAGGGGUUCAAGGGGGGUCCCCGAGUCCCGGGGGGGGGUCCCAGCAGGACUCGACCCCCCCCCGCCGGGGCCGAGGGCCGCACUUACCUCUGCUCCGGGCGCUGCCUCGGCUCCGGGCGGCCACACCGGGACCCGACGGGGGGGUCACCGUGGGGCUGGGAGGGGACGGACGGACACGGGACCCCCCCCCCCAACACCGCCCCGCAUCCCCCGGGGGGGUCCCGGCCGCCACCCGCCGCCCCGGCGCUCGCCCAAGUGGCGGGGAGCGGCGGCGGCGGCGGCCUUAGCCCGGCCGGGGGACCCCCCCUGCGGCUCCCAAUUGGCCCAGGUGCCCCGGAAGGUGGAGCCGGGCCCGGGGCGGGGAGGGGGGGACGGGCUCACCUUGGUCCACCCCCCCCCUCCCACGCACCCCACCCCCGGGGCCGCCCCGCCGGGACCAGCGGCGCGGUCCGUGCCCCCCGCUCCCCCUCCGGCCAGCCCGAGGCGGUGACAGCGGGACCCCCCCGAGGGCCGAGGACGGAGCGGGGGCUCCUAAACAAGCGGAGGAGACCCCCCCGCUCCAUCCCUCGCUGCGCUCCGUGGGGCGGGAGGCGGUGCCCGCCCAUCCCCGCGGCCUCGGGGCGGGCGGCUCCGUCCCGGCGGCGGCGGCGGCGGCGGCGGCGGGCAGGGCCCGGGGAAGGCUGA